AUGGUUUUGGUUUUUCGGAACAAUUUGGACUCUCUGAUCACGUGGGAAGCAAAAGAAGCAGCAGCAGUAAUAUAUUUACAACACAAUCAAAUCUCAGACAAAUCCAAAUCGUCUCAGAUCUACAGCGAAGCUCCUUCAGUUUUCUAUAGAAUAAUUUACUGAUAUACUUUUCAAAUUUAAUUACUGUCAACCCUCUCUCUAUCUCUCUCUCUCUCUCCGCCCAAUCCCAAAACCCUAACGAGCUCUGAUCUUCACGCAAAAGCCACCUACCACAUCACUCUGCAACUCCGGAAGCGCGCACACACUCAAUUUAGUCAAGAUUUGCGUCGAUUGUUAUUGUUUUGAAUACAAAUUUGUGCUCCUUUAAAGCAUGAAAGAAGGGAAAUCAGUGAAAUUGAACGGUCAACUGCAGCAGCAGCAGCAGCAGCACCAGAACGGUCACUUGUCUCCGUUCAAAUUCGCCAAGUUGUUGGAUCCAGAAGCCUCAUGGGACAAGGAUCAAUUGGGAGAUGUCUUGCAUUGGAUUCGACAAGCAAUGGCCCUUGUAUGUGGGCUACUAUGGGGUGCGAUACCGUUGGUCGGAGGCAUAUGGUUCAUCAUUUUUCUGGUCAUAUCUACCGGAAUUAUAUAUGGCUAUUACGCAAUGAUACUAAAUGUUGAUGAAGAAGACUUUGGUGGCCAUGGAGCUCUCCUCCAAGAGGGGCUUUUCGCUUCUAUAACUCUUUUUCUGCUUGCCUGGAUUCUAGUAUACAGCUUGGGACACUUCUGAUUGGAUAUUUAUUCAAUUCCGCUAUCAUUUCUAUCCCCAGUGGUGUUCAGCAAUAGGACUUCGUUGCAUGAAGAGUGAUAACCUUGGAUACGAUUAAAGUUUCCUUAGAAGUUUGCUCGUUUCUUUAUGGUUAAUCUUAUGAAUAUGAGCAUGAACAUUCGAGCAUCUUAUUAUGGUGAAUAGAUGUUUCAGUCAGUGUUCCUUCAUAAACAUCCACGCAAUGUAGCAAUGUAUGGCCUGCAAAACUGAUGAUAAUCAAAAUUGUUUUUGGUAGCCUCUAAUAAAAUUACCUGCAAGCCUUAUUCUUGUAGACUAAGCGCACAAUAAUUAUCGGCUGUCAAGCAAGAUAUUCUGUUUCCGCAAUGGAUAAUUUAGGGUCCCAGGUGAAUUUUUGAGUGUGACA